UAAAUAUGACCAAACUCAUGAAUAAAUGUGUGUUCUUCCUUUUAGAUAAGCAUUCAAAAAGAAUAUAAAAAGUGUAUUUCAGAAACCUGAAAAUGUAUUUCCCCUACAGAGGAACAGUCCCUAAAGUUUUUCUGUGCUGGAUUUUCUGGAGUGACAAACAUCCCAGGGUUCAUUGGUGCUGUGAUGGUUGAUGGAGUUGAGGUUGUUCACUACGACAGCAGCAUCAAGAGAGCUGAACCCAAACAGGACUGGAUGAAGAGACUAAUGGAAGAUGAUCCAGGACACAGGGACUGGUACACUGACGAGUGUCAUGUUAAUCAGCGCUUCUUCAGUUCCACUAUUGACAGUUUGAUGCAGGACCUCAAUCAAACAAGAGGCGUCCACACUUUCCAGAGGAUCUAUGGCUGUGACUGGGAGGAUAAAACUCCAGAAGUUAUUGGUUAUGAUGAGUUUAAAUAUGAUGGAGAAGACUUCAUAUGGUUAGACCUGCAGACACUGGAAUGGAACAAUUCAACACCAUAGGCUUUCAUCACCAAGCAGGAGUGGGACAGUGACAAAGCUACAAUAAACAACAUUAAGUUUAACCUCACCCAGCAUUGUCCUCAGUUGCUGAGCAAGUAUUUAGACUAUGGGAAGAGCUCCUUGCUGAGAACAGAGCUUCCCUCAGUGUCUCUCCUCCAGAAGACUCCCCGCUCUCCAGUGAGCUGCCACGCUACAGGUUUCUACCCUGACAGAGCCACACUGUUCUGGAGGAAAGAUGGAAAGGAGCUUCCUAUUGAAGGUCGUGCGGAGGUCCUCCCAAGCAACGAUGGAACCUUCCAGAUGAGUGUUGACCAAGUCCCACCAGUCAUACCUGAAGACUGGGGGAGUUACGAGUGUGUGUUUAAGUUCGGUGACGAGGACGACAACGUCAGCAAACUGGAUAAGGCUGUGAUCAGAACCAACUGGGAGGAACACUCCCUGAAGUUUUUCUUUGCUGGAUUUUCUGGAGUGACAAACUUCCCAGAGUUCAUUGGUGCUGUGAUGGUUGAUGGAGUUGAGGUUGUUCACUACGACAGCAACAUCAAGAGAGCUGAACCCAAACAGGACUGGAUGAAGAGACUAAUGGAAGAUGAUCCAGGACACAGGGACUGGUACACUGACGAGUGUCGUGUUAAUCAACACUUUUUGAAUUCCAUUACUGACAGUUGAUGAAUUUAUGCCAUACUGGAGAUGUCCACACUUUCCAGAGGAUCUAUGGGGGGAAGACCAGGUUUAUACUUCGGAUGAGUACCGUUAUGAUGGAGAAGGCUUCAUGGAGUUCAACCCAAUAACACAGACAUGGAUCCCUUCAACUCAUCCACAAGCUCGCUACACCAAAUUUCAGUGGGACACAGACAAAGAGAGAAUUAAAAACAUUACCCUGCAUCUCACAACGUGUUCUGACUGGCUGAAGAAGU